UAAGAGUUUGAUUUACUCUCAGCACGCCGUUCAUUUGGAUAUUUAGAUGAGUACAUGCUGUUAUGAAUGUGCUGAUCAUGUAUGCUAUUCUGGCAGACGAUUAUAAGCUUUAUUGCUAAGUUUUAUUUUGAAUGACUGCCUGCCAAAUUAUAACGACUGGACACUUGGAUUAAGACAAGAAAUACGGGCAUUUUUCGCCUUUUUAACAUUGUUAAGCCGUUUUUACGUCGUUAUCUUAGAUAUAACGACCGGACAGUCGUUUAUAACUAUUGGACGUUACGAUUUACAGUAUUUAAAAGGGCUUAAUUCACUUCUGCAACACGAUCCAUUGUUGAAGAAAAGAUGUCAUCGUCUGCAGAACCGUUUUCCUACAUCGAAAUGAGUCGAGUCAGCGCAGCUGGCACUGAAAUCAGUAGCGACGAUCAUCUCCUCAGAGAAAUGGAGCCCAAUGAUUUAUUACAGGAGGCCGAGUGGUACUGGGCUGAUAUAUCGAGGGAGGAGGUGAAUGAAAUUCUGCACGGCAUGCCUGAUGGGGCUUUCCUGGUCCGAAAUGCUUCCUGCAAGCAGCAGGGAGAGUAUACAUUGACUGUUAGGAACAAUGGCACCAACAAACUCAUUAGGAUCCACCAUCAAGAUGGGAAGUUUGGGUUCUCCGAGCCUCUGACCUUCAGCUCUGUGCCGGAGCUGAUAUCUUACUACAGGCACAGGAGCUUAGUCCAGUACAACAGCUGGCUGGAUGUCACGCUGGCUUAUCCCGUGUCCCACUGUGACCCGCUUCGCACCUUUUCUGAUCUACCUGUGAAGGAAGAGUUUUUGAGUGCAACCAGAGAGAAGCUCCAUGAAUGUUUAAGACUGUUUCAAAAGACAGCGGAGUAUGACCAGCUGUAUGAUGCUUGCACUACAUUAUUACAGGAAAUCCAAAGGAGAAAAACAUUUGAGGCCGUCAGCAUGACGGAGAUCUCUGGAGAACAGUGUUAUUCUCAAGAGAACUCUUGCAAGGAUUUCCCAGAGACAGUCCACAGUGAGCUGAAAGAGUCUGCACGUGAGGCAAAAGAGGAGCGUGAGAAGAGCGUGGAGCUGCUGGAGGAGGAGAGCUGGUUUGUAGGAGAUCUCGGUCGACGGCAGGCAGAGGAGCUGCUGCGUGGGAAACCGUCUGGAGCUUUCCUCAUCCGCAACAGCAGCACCAAGGACUGUUACGCCUGCUCUGUGGUGGUUGGCAGCCAGGUGAGGCACUGCGUGAUUCGCCACACGGAGCGCGGCUACGGCUUCGUCGAGCCCUUCGAUCUCCACAAGUCUCUGAAGGAUCUGGUCAUGCACUACCAUCACACCUCCCUGGCACAGCACAACCAGGCUCUGGACGUCCGGCUGGCGUAUCCGGUCCAUGCCGCUCACUAAACUAACUGCACUAAGACUGAAGGAGAUUUCGCUCGUUUUUACCGUCUGGACAAUGUACAACGUGCAAAGAGUGGAAGCGACUGUCAAGCUGUUUGUUUGUAUAUGGCACUUUCCAAAGCAUUCCUCAUGGUCAUAAAGAUACUCCAGUACUUGAACAAGUGUUUGAUGAGCCCUUUGUAGACAUGUUUACAGACACUCACAAAAACGUCAGAAUUUGUUUUUAAGGGUUUUGUGAUAGUCAUGCUCUUUUAAGCAAACCGAUGUAGUAGUAGUUUUUGUGGGGAUGAAUGAUUAUAAUCUUUUAUUACAAUUCAUUCAUCACCCAAAACAUUUAAAAAAUGUAUUUUGUGAAUGUAACGCAGUUAUUGAAAGACACACUUUCAAAUCUUGCUUUGUAACUAAAACAAGAUGCCUGCAGUUCAUGCUCUUUUGCGCACCCAAGUAAGGAUUUUGCGUUUUUUUUUUUUUUGUGCAUGGUUUAUUUGUUUGAGAGAAACAUCUUGAAAACUGGUUUUAGUUUAUAAAAUUUGAAUAACAUUUUAAAGACGGCUUGAAAAUUUUGUGCACAAUACGAGUAUCCACUUUGCGCCGGAAAUUUUUGCACAGGAAAUGUAUUUGUUGAAUUUACGUUUCUGGCAUACUUCUGUUUAUCUUUUUUUACUAUGCUUUUUUUAGGAAAGCCAGGACAGUGUAGUUGUCUUACGGGCUGAACAGCCCAGGCACUUCAUAGAGUUUAAUACAUAAGUGUGUCUGUGGUUAACGACACAAUGCCAAACUGCUUAUUCUUGAGAUGAGCAACUCUUUUUAUUUGUCAUUUGUCAGCAGCGGACAGUACAAAGGGAACGUUUCCCCUUCUUUUGCAGAGCUUAUUUUUUGCUACAGUGUUUUCCCUUGCAUGCUUCUUAAAAAAAAUAAAAUAAAAACAAAAAUGAUUGAGAAUAAAUGCAGAGCUUAUGUCUGAGUUAUUAAACCUGUUUCAUUACACAUUUUGAUGGUCUUAGAAAUUCUGCUGACUGUAAGUGACUCUGCAACAAUGUCAACUAGCAGUCAUUAGAGUAUUAGCAGACUGGUUCUGGUAAGUAGAAUAAGUUGACAUACUUGCAAUUAUUUUAAUAUCAGUGACAAACUAUUGUA